UCUGUCUGUGUGGAGGACCUGGUGGCACCUUGAUCUCUUUAUCUCCUCAGCACGUGAGGAUUAGAGCCUCAGCAGCAGGAUCAGAUCAGAUCAGUGGACGAAUGGAGCAGAGUGGACGCUCGGAGACUCUCGUGCUGCUGCUGCUGCUCGGCCGGCUGACCGUCGGCCCGGUGCUGGCUCAGGUCCGCCACCCUCUGCCUGUACUGUGGAUGAUGCCGGUCAGCUCCGGGCCCGGGGGGGAAAACCUGACGGCCGGACUGGGUGCAGCCGUCACCCUGGCUCUGCAGGACCUGAAGAAACAACCUCCACCGCUGGGAAACUAUGAUCUUCAGCUGCAGCUGCUGGACUCACAGUGCGAUCCUGCGAAAUCGCUCAAAGCUCUGUUCGACGCCAUGUGGGCGGGGCCAAAGUACCUGAUGGUGUUUGGAGGGGUGUGUCCAGGGGUGACAUCACUGAUCGCUCGCUCUCUGCCAGCUCUCAACCUGGUGCAGGUGUCGUUUGCGGUGUCGUCCCCCAGCUUGGCCAACAGGAAGUGGUACGGGAACUUGUUCAGCACAAUGCCAUCAGACCGAGCUGUGAACCAGGCCACGGUCAAACUGCUGCAGCGCCACCAGUGGACCAGAGUCGGCAUCGUCACCCAGGAAACACCCAGACUCUCACAGGUGAUGAUGAUGGUGACCUCCUGACCUUUCAUCUGACAUCAUCAGGCCCACAGAAAACUCCACCAGUGCCCCCCCCACACACACACACACACACACAUUCACUCUGACGAGCGGUAGCUGGU